GUGAAAUUGGAUCAUUUGGACGAUGAAUCCCAGCAGUUUAUUGCUGAUUUUGUUGUGUUGUGGUCUGACUUUGGCCCAGGACACUAUCGAAACACAAUCACCUUCAUGCGUUGACACAUGUAAUAACGCCAAAGAGUUUGGUGCCAUGAGAGAAAAAAUACAUUCUUUGGAAACCAAGAUGAUGAACAUUGAAAACAGGCUGACAGGCUACGAAAGUCGCAUUCUGCAGGUGGAACAAAAGGAGAGAAACAUGGUCAUAUUCAGUGCUGGAAUUGGGGGACGUUUACCAUUGGGUCCCUUUGACACAGACCAAACUAUAAUCUACGAUAAAGUGUUUAUAAACACUGGAAAUGCCUACAACGAACUCACAGGUAUCUUCACAGCACCUGUUUCAGGUGUGUACUAUUUUACCUAUUUCUGUCAUUCUGGAGGUGUCCGUAAAACAUCGCUGCAUUUGUACAAGAACAAUGAGGUGAUACUGCACAUCCAUGAUCACCAGUCAGCUGACGGGGCUGAUAAUGGAGGAAAUGCGGUGUUCCUGCAGCUGCAGCAGGGUGAUACAGUCUAUGUGCGCUUAAAGGCAAAUUCACAUGUCUAUAGAUCCGGCACAGUAACAAAUUUCAGUGGAUUUUUGGUCAAACAAAACAAUUAAAAAUAGAUGUACAUGUCUUUGAAGUUGUAUUUAGCUGCAGUGUUUCUUGUGUGUGCUCCAAUAAAACACAUUUAAAUCAUA